AUGCAUCCCCCUCGACCAGAGCUACCUCCUCCUAUCCCUCGCGCUGCCCCCAACCCACUUAACUUCAACACGAACGAUCGUCAAGUCAUUGAUCUCACGAACUCCCCUACGCCUCCUCCCACCGCCUGUGUAUCGGCACAGUCGACACAAGGUAACUUGCCUAGUGACCUACCUCCCAGGACACCGGUUUGUAUUGGCCAGCUUUCGGUCACGGCUCUCGUGCUCUAUCCCAUUACCUAUCUUAUUGCCAAAGAGCCAUCUCAGGGCGGUGGCGACGCCGAUUGGGCUGUGGUGCGUCUGCAGCAUGAACAGACACCAAACAAGGAGACGGUCCACAUAAAGGCCCCCUCUCGUCGUCUAUCGACAGGCGAACCCGUGCAGGAGGAGAACUUCGCAGUCGUGGAACAGAAGGUCGCCACCGUGGUUGGUCCGAUGCUGGGGAAAGGUUUGAUUCGGAUAGAUGCAAAGGUCAGAAGAGGCAUGCCGAACAUCCCAAUACUUCCGCUCCAGUUGAUCAUUUGGACGCCUAAAGGGAACAUACCAGUCGUCGCGAAUUAUUUGCAUCAGCAGGGUCUGUUCCUAGAUCAUCCAACUCUAGCUUCGGACGUGCAACGACUCCUCAAAGGGUACUACUUUAAUCCACAUAAUCCACCACCGGGCGGAUUUGCGAGAGCGAUGGUGGGUCAGAAUGGCCGCAUAGGAUACUCGGGCCCCGGCGGAAGUAACGUAGGGCGUUGGAAUGCGCCAAUGGUAUCUGGAAAGAGCGUGGAGGUGCAGCGGAGCCAGGUUGAUGAGCUCUUCAAAAGCCUACGGGACGGAGACGAGCUCGUGGAGGCUGACUCGCCACCGGAGGUCGCAACAACGCUUUAUCCCCAUCAGAAGAAAGCGCUGACUUUCUUACUCGAGAGGGAGCGCGAGUAUGGUCCCAACAGGAGAUAUUCCUCGCUAUGGCAGGAGCGUUUCAAUCCCAUCUCAGGGCAGUGCUCAUGGCUCCACAUCGUAACCCAGAGAGAAAUACCGCAACAGCCCGAAGAAACGAAAGGGGCAAUUCUGGCUGAUGAUAUGGGGCUAGGGAAGACCAUCACUUGUGUCUCAUUGAUAGCGGCGACAUUGCGCUCCGCGCGUGAGUUUGCGACGGUUCCCCUUGUCCCACCUGCAUCUCCUCCCGAUUCGCUGGAGUCUGCACUUUCCUCUGCGCAUUUUGCUGGUAGUGUGUGGGGAAUGCCGGUUGCUCCAGAGGCGACUUCAUCGAGAAAACAAGCAAAGGCUGCGCGAGAACACGAUCGUGAGCAGGCACUGUAUGCUCGGGCCUGCCGUAUCAAAGUGAGGAGCCGCGCAACACUCAUCAUCUGCCCGCUGUCUACUGUCGUGAAUUGGGAGGACCAAUUUCGGGAGCACUGGCGCGGUGAGGUUCAGGUUGUUGGCGGCGCAGGUGGCAGCGCCCCCGCGCCGAGUACUCCUCUGCUUGGCAGUGGCUUGUCGUCAUUGCACGCCUUCCCAUCGUCUCCGCAGAGCUCACAAGGCGACGCCACUGUCGACAUCAAGAUACCAGUUGGUCGAAUACGCGAAGGACCGCCAUUACGCGUGUAUGUAUAUCAUGGCAAUGCGCGCCGGCCGGAUCCAGUCUUCCUCGCCGAUUUUGACGCGGUGAUUACUACGUACUCCACGCUUGCUUCGGAGUACUCGAAGCAGGUGAAGAGUACGGCAAGUGUUGAGGAUGAAGAUGAGGACGAGAGUGACGUCGACGAAGGCGGCCUCGAGGUAGACGAGAGGGGUAACCAGAUUCUCAGGCUUCCGAGGCCGAAGAAGGCCGGCGCGAAGAAGCGGAAGAAGCUCUGUGGGAAGGCUAAUGGCAGCCUGGAGGCGACCAGUGCACUGCAGAGCGUGCAUUGGUUCAGGGUCGUCCUCGAUGAAGCCCAUUCAAUCAAGGAGACCUCCACCGUCGGCUGCCGCGCAUCUUGCGACCUCGUCGCCGAUCGACGACUUUGUCUCACCGGUACACCAGUGCAAAACAAGUUGGACGAUGUUUAUGCGCUCAUCAAGUUUCUACGGAUAGAGCCUCUCGACGACAAGGCGGUGUGGACUGAGUUCAUUGGCACGCCCGUGAAGUACGGCCAGCCGCUUGGAGUAGCGCGUUUGCAGACGAUCAUGAAGUGCAUCACGUUACGUCGCACCAAGGAGUCGAAGGCGGAAGACGGCCGCAAUAUCCUGUCUCUUCCUCCCCGCAGAGACGAACUCCGGUACUUGAAGUUCGACGAGCAGGAGCAAGCGAUCUAUGACCAGUUCUUCACCGAAUCCAAGGCCGAGUUCCACGAGCUCUCGAACAAGAAUGAGGUCAUGAAGAAUUAUGUCGGCAUCCUCCAGAAGAUUUUGCGGUUGCGGCAGAUCUGUGACCAUUUCGAGCUAGUGCAGAACAAGGGUCUCGGACUCAUAGGAGACAUACAGUCGCAGGAUGCCGCAGUAUCCGUCGAGGAUCUCAUGGCUCUUGUUGCCAGAGAGGGGAUCAACGGGCACAGAGCCGGCAUGAUCUUCAGUUUGCUCAAGGAGGCAGGUAUCACUCAAUGUGUGGAAUGCGGCGCCGAACUUGCGAGUCCGCUCGACGGCAUACCGGGCGAGGGUGUUUUGGGAGAUGGCGACUCUGGUACGGGAACGCCAAAGCGAGGAGGCCGGAAGGGGAAGACCCCGGCUUCUCGCGCCUCGACUCGACAGAACAGCCCAGCGGCUCCCCACAUCAUCAUGACUCGAUGCCAGCAUCUCUUCUGUAUCGGCUGUUUCCGCAAUUGCAUCUCGCCCAGUUGGCCAAAUGUCUCAUUCGAACAUAGCCGCUGCUGCUCGGUAUGUCAGACGGCUCUGACCCCGACAGAUGCUGUAGAAGUUGUCACCGACUCUCCGUCUUUGGAGCUGGCUUCUAAGAGGAAGCCCUUGAAGCGGGAGAAGAGACAGAAGGGCGUCAUCGCCAUGGAGGAUUUCCACCCAUCUACCAAGGUCAGGGCGCUAUUGAACGACUUGGUACAAUUUUCCAAGGCGAAUCCGCAUUCCGUGAACUAUGAUCCCACCUCUAUCGAAGUUCAAAUGGUUGACGGAGAGGGGAAUUCUUUGGAUGAUGGCAUCGUCAAGACUGUUGUUUUUUCGCAAUGGACCACCAUGCUGGACAAAAUUGAAGAUGCCCUAGAAAUAGCUGGCAUACGAUAUGACCGACUCGAUGGGACGAUGAAACGUGAUGACAGAACAAGAGCAAUGGAUGCGUUGAAGCACGAUCCGGGCUGUGAAGUCCUACUCGUCAGUCUAAAGGCUGGCGGAGUGGGACUCAACCUCACUGCUGCACAACGUGUAUAUCUCAUGGAUCCAUAUUGGAAUCCUGCGGUUGAGAACCAAGCAGUAGACCGCAUCCAUCGACUCGGACAGACGCGCCCAGUGACGACAGUGAAGCUGAUCAUCGAGAAUUCGAUCGAAGCACGCUUACUCGAGGUUCAGAAAAAGAAGACUGAACUUGCGAACAUGACGCUGGGCUCGAAUAUGAGCAAGGCCGAGAUGCAUGCGCGCCGUUUGGAGGAAUUGAACCAACUCUUCAGGAACUAA